AUGAUCGCCGCCAUGAGCCGAACGGAGUCCAGGGAAACGUGUGGUUUAGUCAUCAGCACCACGGAGAGCGACGAGAGGCUGCAUCCCCAGUACCGUGGAAAUGUUACAAGGGACGUUUGUAAGGAGCAGAUAUGCUCUUGCAACGAGAUCGAGGGCGAUGUGCACAUAGACUGUGAAAAGAGGAGCCUGACCACACUGCAGCAUCUGACGGGUCCCAGCUCGCAGUUCUACCACCUGCUGUUGCACGGGAACUCGCUGUCCAGGCUCUUUCCAAACGAGUUCGCCAACUUUUACAACGCGGUGAGCCUGCAUUUGGAAAACAACGGUUUGCAUGACAUCGUUCCGGGCGCGUUCCUGGGACUGCAGCUCGUCAAACGGCUGCACAUCAAUAACAACAAGAUCCGCUCUUUCAGGAAGAGUACAUUCCUGGGAUUAGACGACUUGGAAUAUCUCCAAGCUGAUUUUAAUCUAUUAAGGGAGCUCGACCCCGCUGUUUUCAGGGACUUAAAUAAACUUGAAGUGCUGAUUCUGAACGAUAACCUCAUCAGCUCACUACCUAUCAACCUGUUUCAGCAUGUGCCCAUUACGCACUUAGACCUGAGGGGGAACCGCAUCAAAACGGUGCCUUAUGAGGGGAUUUUGGAGCAGAUCCCGGGCAUCGCGGAGGUGCUUCUCGAGGACAACCCCUGGGACUGCAACUGCGACCUGGUUUCACUGAAGGAAUGGCUGGAGAACAUUCCUCGUAACGCUCUGAUCGGCCGCGUGGUGUGCGAGGCUCCCACACGUCUACAGGGCAGCGACCUGAACGAGACGUCGGAGGCGGAGCUUUGCCCGUCACAAAGCGAGGGGGCGGACACCAGCCUGGUAGCCCCGCCCACCCAGGACCAGACCUCCAAGCCCGGCGCUCCCCACAACCCCCGCCCCACGCCUUACAAGCCCAGCAAAGACUCCAAAGCUCGCGAGAACUGGCAGCUGAAGACCAAGCCCACUCCGGUGGUGACAAGCAUGAGCAGCGACCGGGAGCAGCCGCCGCCGCAAAACGUGACGUGUCCGCAGCCGUGCUCCUGCAAGCUAGUGGGCUCCAGGCAGGGGCUGGGGGUCAACUGCGAGAGCAAGAAGAUCGAGAGUCUGGGAAGCCUGAAACCCAAGCCUCUGCCGGCGCACGAGCUCAACAUGCGGGAGAACAACAUCCACGCGGUGAAGAAGAACCAGCUCUUGGGCUACACCAGCCUCAACCUCCUCGACCUGGGAGGCAACAACAUCAAGGUCAUCGACAACGGCACCUUCCAGAACCUGAGCGAGCUGCGGUGGCUGUACUUGGAUAAGAACUAUCUGGAUACACUGCUGGCCGAGAUGUUCGUGGGUCUCGUCAACCUGGAAUAUCUCAGUUUGGAAUACAACGACAUCCAACUCGUCGUGGCGGGCGCCUUCAGCCACAUGCCCAAUUUGAGAGUUCUGUUCCUCAACAACAACCUGCUCAAGUCGUUACCCGUGGAUUCCUUUUACGGGAUUUCCUUGUCCAAAAUUAGCCUACACAACAACUACUUCACCCAUCUCCCCGUGUCUGGCGUCCUGGACCAGCUCAACUCAAUCAUCCAGAUCGAUUUGCACGGGAACCCGUGGGAUUGCUCGUGCAACAUCGUGCCCUUCAAGCAGUGGACGGAGAAACUAGGCGCCGACGUCAUCGUGAGCGACCUGAAGUGCGAGUCGCCCGAGGAGUUCUGGAAACGCGACUUCCGCUACGUCCGCAACGACCUCAUGUGCCCCAAGAUGUACGACAAGAUCGCCCCCACCUCCCUGUCCAAAAACAGCACCUACACGUUAGACUCGGGCACGCGGUCGAACUCGUACGUGGAGCCCAACCGCGUCUCGAUCUCGGUGCUGGUGCCCGGUUUGUUGCUAGUUUUCGUCACGUCCGCGUUCACCGUGGUGGGGAUGCUGGUCUUCAUUCUGCGCAACCGGAAGAGGUCGAAGCGGCGCGAAGGGAACUCGUCUGCGUCCGAAAUCAACUCGCUUCAGACAGUGUGCGACUCCUCCUACUGGCACAGUGGGGCGUACCAUCAGGACGGGGGUGCGCACAGAGGAUUCGAUUGUACGACGCACCUUUCCUCCACGAAUGACGCGUAA